AUGAAGCUCAGCAUCGGUCUGCUGACACUCUCAGCAAGCCUGGCUUCCGUCAUCGGCUAUCCUAGCUCGCAGCACGUCCUCUUUGUUCCCUCUGGUACAAACGCAACGGAUCUGGACGGCCGCGAGCCUGUCGACUUUCACGAUCCUCGAGCAGGAGGCGGGAGGCAGUUCACCCAGACGCCGUGGGGCGCAGAGCCGCUCAAUGUGAUCAUCAGCGGCAGAAGUGAUCCGAGGAUACUGAGUGAUGUUGGCAUCGUGUCUUACAUCGGCUCGCUUGGCUUUGAAGCCGAAUGUCUCAAUCAGCACUUUGGCGAUAGGCAGCUGGCCGAUCUCGGCGAUGGACGAGGGCUCAGGGAGGAACGCUUCGAGGUCAGACAAGCUUACGUCAAAGUGAUUGGCACCUGCAUCGAGAGUGUCGUCGGCGGAUCGCAUCUGCGCGCGUACCGGCAAGACGGACCGCUCGCUCGCUCCGAUGCUUGGUUUCUCGCCGUCUCAGUAGAGCGCUCGGCAAGGCAUAACCACGCCAUUCGCGCCGAUGGCUACAAUCUGGGACGAGAUCAGCUCGUCAGAUCAGCACUCCAUGGCACUCGAUGGAAGCAUCUCGCAUACUCCAGUACCGCAGAAUUUGUAGAGCUCCUACGACCGGGCUCGCAUGGCUUCGCCCAUGGCAUCGCGCAAGAUGGACGCGUUGCCGUUCUCACUGCACACAUCUCUGACGACCUUGCAUGA